AGUUCAUCUAUAAAUACUGUGAAGAAGUCAAACAAGCAGCUGCUGUCACAACACAUUCAACUACUCUACUAUUCUGAUCCACUGUUGUAAUGAUGGAGUGUGUUAAAGAGGAGACUGAUCCUGAAUCAUUCACAAUAAAACCUCAACAUACUCAACAACAAAGAGACUUGUUGGAAGUGAAAGAGGAAGGUCAAGAACGCAAUGAAAUUACGGAUGAACAUCAGGACCACAAUUUCAUGACUGACAGCUGCUCAGAAACUGAUGAGAAUUCCUCUCAAGAAAGAGUUGUUUUUGCAUGCCAUCUUUGUGCUAAGACUUUCUUAAAAAAAGAGUCCUUAAGCUAUCACCUAAAGAUUCACACAGGUGAGAGGCCUUUUGCCUGCCCUCUAUGUGAUAAAUGUUUCAUCAGUAAAGCAAAACGUAAUACUCACAUGAAGACUCACAGUGCUGAAAGGCCGCAUGUCUGCCCUCAAUGUGGAAAGAGUUACACAUUUAAAGGAUAUCUUAAGAAUCAUAUGAUAACUCACAGUGAGACAAAGCCUUUCUCAUGCUCUCAUUGUGGAAAGAGUUUUUCACGUAAGGGAUUCUUAAAAUCUCAUGUGAAAAUCCACUCUAGUGAAAAGCCGUACACCUGCUCUCAUUGUGGAAAGAGUUUCACAUUUAAAACAAAUCUUCAGGAGCACAUACGAAUUCACACUGGAGAGAAACCUUUCACAUGCCCUCAGUGUGAUAAGAGCUUUACACAACAAGUAGAUCUUAGACGUCACAUACGAAUUCAUACAGGUGAGAGACCUUACUUGUGUCAUCUGUGUGAUAAGAGUUUUACACAAAAAGGAGCUCUUAAGUAUCACAUUCGAGUUCAUACAGGUGAGAGACCUUACUCAUGCCAUCUGUGUGAUAAGAGUUACAUACAUGCACAUGAUUUCAGAAUUCAUCUGCUGUAUCACUCGAAUGAAAGGCCGUUUAGCUGCGAUCAGUGCGAUAAGAAGUUUGUUACAGCAGAGUCGCUGAAAAGGCACCUACUGACUCAUUCAGAUGAGAGGCCGUAUUUGUGUUCUGUUUGUGGGAAGGGGUUUAUAUGUGUCAGGAGUCGUAAUAGGCACCAGAAGGGACAUGCAGGUGUGAGAAACCAUGUGUGCUCUGAGUGUGGAAAAGCCUUUAUGAGAAGCACAGCCCUAAGGCGGCACCAAAAGAUCCAUGAAGAAAAACUCUAAAACCCUUAUCUCACAGAGAAAACUGCUGUCUGCAAAGAUCAACUUCAGUCUUCAGGUCCAAGCACAAUGAAAUGUAGAUAAACCUCACAACUGAAUUACUCCCAAAAAAAUUAUUGCAAUGCAUUAUCCCGAGCAGGGUUCCUUGAUAGACAGCCGUGGACCACUUUUGGCCCGCUUCGAAAAAGGUUUGGCCCAAUAAACUUAAAUAUCAUUGUAAAGGAUUGUUAUGACAAAAUUUAGUCCAAACAUUAGAGGUAUGAAUUGUGAAUAGGUCUUUACUCGCAGCUAUACAAAAGCACAUGCACAAAAGCUUGCGCACACACACAAAUGCGCACAUUAUUUUUGUGACCCAUUGAACCAAUUAUAAAUGGGGAUUUGUUAAAUGGCCCUUGGCUUUGUGUUGUUGGCAAAAUUUGGAACAUGGUGAAAACUAAUUGAGGAACCCUGAUCUAGAGUAUGUUGUUUUAAUGGAAUGACAUUUUUAUGUAUAGAUACCUUUAAAUAAAUCAUGCAACAUGUAUAAGCUUGAUGCAAUUCUUUGCUUUUGAAUUGAUACCUAUUAUAGGUGAACUUCAUGAAUGAUGUUUUUUCCUGUUGGGAAUCUGCCAUGUCCAUCAUUAUAUAUAUUUAUAUAUUAUCAGAUAAAAUCCUGGGCAAAAUCUUCUUAUAAUAGAGUUGUUUUUUAUCAGCCACAAUUAGUGGCUCUCAAUUAUGUAAUAGCUUUUAUAACCUACAAAUUAAAUGUGAUCAGAGACCAAACAGAUGCUCUCCAGAUCUUUCACAUUCUCCAGGACUCAAUUAGUGUUUUCUCCAAUAUUAAAGUGAAUAAAAUAAUUUAUUAGAUGGGUAUAUGUUGUUUC